ACCAAAAACGUGCCCCCCCUAAUUCAAGCUCGAACAACGACAGCCCAGACCCCCAUCAUCCUCUUCCCCCCAAAAACCCAUGCCCAAACCCUAACCCUAGAAAUCGCCAUGACUGCCUCAAUCUCCACCGAUCUCUACCCCUCACAAGAGGACCUCCUCUACGAAGAAGAGCUACUCCGCAACCAGUUCAGCCUCAAGCUGUGGUGGCGCUAUCUCAUCGCCAAAUCCCACGCUCCCUUCGCCAAGCGCUCUCUCCUCUACGAGCGCGCUCUCAGAGCUCUCCCUGGAUCCUACAAGCUCUGGCACGCUUAUCUCCGCGAGCGCCUCGAUGUCGUCCGCAAUCUCCCGAUCUCUCACUCAGCCUACUCCUCCCUCAACAACACCUUCGAGAGAGCCCUCGUAACGAUGCACAAGAUGCCUCGGAUCUGGAUCAUGUAUCUCCAAACCCUAACUGAUCAACGGCUCAUCACUCGAGCUCGGAGAACCUUUGAUCGGGCCCUUCGAGCGCUGCCGAUCACUCAGCAUGACCGGAUCUGGGCGCCGUACCUUGCCCUGGUUUCUCUCGAUGGAGUCCCGGUGGAGACCUCUCUGAGAGUUUACCGAAGGUACUUGCUUUUCGAUCCUUCGCAUAUUGAAGAUUUUAUAGAGUUUCUGUUGAAUUCUGGCCGGUGGCAAGAGGCGGCGGAGAGGUUGGCUUCGGUUUUGAAUAGUGAUGAGUUUUAUUCUAUUAAAGGGAAGACAAAGCAUCAGCUUUGGCUGGAGUUGUGCGAGCUUUUGACGAAACAUGCUACUGAGGUUUCGGGGUUGAAGGUGGAUGCUAUAAUCAGGGGAGGGAUAAGGAAGUAUACGAAUGAAGUUGGGAGGCUGUGGACUUCGCUGGCGGAUUAUUAUGUGAGGAGAGGGCUUUAUGAGAAGGCAAGAGAUAUUUUUGAGGAGGGGUUGCAGACAGUGCUGACGGUUAGGGAUUUUAGUGUGAUUUUUGAGUCAUACGCGCAGUUUGAGCAGAGUGCGUUAGCGGCAAAAUUGGAGACGGCGGGGGAGGAUGAAGAUGAGGAAGACGAGUUGGCAAACAAGUUCUUGAAGGGGUUCUGGUUGAAUGAUGAUGAUGAUGCAGAUUUGAGACUUGCACGGUUUGAGAAUUUGUUUGAUCGGAGGCCGGAGUUGCUGAAUUCUGUGCUUUUGAGGCAGAAUCCUCACAAUGUAGAGCAAUGGCAUAGACGGGUGAAACUAUUUGAGGGCAAUCCUGCCAGGCAGAUAACAACUUUUGCUCAGGCAGUGCAAACUGUGGAUCCCAUGAAGGCAGUGGGAAAGCCUCACACCCUGUGGGUUGCUUUUGCACGGCUGUAUGAGAAUCAUAAAGAUCUCAUGAAUGCUAGAGCAAUUUUUGACAAGGCAGUGCAAGUUAAUUAUAAAACAGUUGAUAAUCUUGCAAGCGUUUGGUGUGAAUGGGCAGAAAUGGAACUUAGGUACAAGAAUUUUAAGGGAGCAUUGGACCUGAUGAGACGGGCUACUGCAGAACCUUCAGUUGAGGUGAGACGAAGAAUUGCUGUUGAUGGAAAUGAACCAGUACAGAUGAAGCUGCACAAAUCUCUACGGCUAUGGAGCUUUUAUGUUGACUUGGAGGAAAGCUUAGGAACAUUGGAAUCCACUCGUGCUGUUUAUGAGAGAAUUCUUGAUCUGAGAAUAGCAACUCCGCAGAUCAUACUUAAUUAUGCUUUUCUUCUUGAGGAGCAUAAGUACUUUGAGGAUGCAUUUAAGGUGUAUGAGAGAGGUGUAAAGAUAUUUAAGUAUCCUCAUGUUAAAGAUAUAUGGGUCACUUACCUCUCCAAGUUCGUCAAAAGAUAUGGGAAGGCAAAGUUAGAGCGUGCUAGAGAGCUAUUUGAACAUGCAGUUGAAAAGGCGCCUGCAGAAGAUGUGAAGCCAAUAUAUCUUCAAUAUGCUAAACUCGAGGAAGAAUAUGGGCUUGCAAAGAGGGCAAUGAAAGUCUAUGAUCAAGCUGUCAAAGCUGUUCCAAACAGUGAAAAAUUGAAUAUGUAUGACAUUUACAUUGCCAGGGCUGCUGAGAUUUUUGGUGUUCCCAAAACCAGAGAGAUUUAUGAGCAAGCUAUUGAGUCUGGUCUCCCAGACAAAGAUGUAAAAACAAUGUGCAUGAAGUAUGCUGAACUUGAAAGGAGCCUAGGAGAAAUUGAUCGUUCUCGUGCCAUAUAUGUAUUUGCAUCACAAUUUGCAGACCCCCGAUCUGAUCCCAGUUUCUGGAAGAAAUGGAAUGAUUUUGAGGUUCAGCAUGGCAAUGAAGAUACAUUCAGAGAAAUGCUUCGGAUCAAGCGAAGUGUAUUAGCUAGCUUCAGCCAGACACAUUUGAUUCUUCCGGAGAACUUGAUGCAAAAGGAUCAGAAGUUGAAUCUUGAGGAAGCUGUGGACACUCUGAAGCGUGCAGGGGUCCCUGAGGACGAAAUGGCUGCUUUAGAAAGGCAACUGGCCCCUUCAUCUGCUAGCUUGCCUUCUAGUGAUGUUGGUAGAAAGAUGAAUUUUGUCAGCGCCGGGACAAUAGAGUCAAAGCCUGAUAGUAUGAAAAAAGUUGCAAAUAGUGAGGAUAUUGAACUUCCUGAAGAUAGCGACUCUGAUGAAGAUAAAGUUGACAUUGCACAGAAGGAAGUACCUGCUGCAGUGUUUGGUGAGCUAGCAUCUAAAGCUACAGAAAAUCAGACUAAAGAUGGUAAUGCUGAAGAGAAAGGCAACGGUCACUUAGGAGCUCUAGAAAGAAUUAAGAGGCUACGUCGGCAAUAGAAGUUGAGGAUAUUUAUACCAAUCUGGGUGUCAUUCGAACGAAAGGCACCAGGGCUCUCUGCAGUUAAAAUUAUGGGGGAGAAAGAUUAAUGGUUAGUACUGCCAUUUGGUUGUGAUGCAAGUCCAUUUGAGUUGUGAACCACAGAAACCCCCAUGAACCCUGGUGCAUAUAAUGCUACUGGAGUGAUAUUAUUACUGAAAAAUGUCUGUCAAACCGUCACGUACAACAUGAAUUUUUGUUUCCAGCUCUUCAUAUUCGCAGCGAACUUCAUGGAUUGCACAAAGGUGGGGAAAUUUUUAAUUUCUGUACAAUGCUAGUGUAGUUUGGGCCUUACGAUCAAUAUGUGACCUGUUCAAAUCUGUUGUGAAUUGAGAAUGUUCUUAUGCUUACGCAAUUUGCAUGUAAGAGUUCCAGAUGAUGUUCAUAAUGAUUGGGUAUGCUACAUGCUAUUUCUAUUAUUUAA